AUGGCAGAUUGUAAAAACACCGAGCUCAUUUAUCGCCGCGACGAUAAAAACGAUCAAAUACUAGUCUUUGAGAUUAGGGGCCUACACGUGGAACGGGUCGACUCUAACCAGUACGUGCCAGACGCCAAGGUACUCAUGGAGACCCUGGUCAGUGACAUGAAAGGCGCGCCAUAUAGGGAUUAUCAAGACUUGGUUGGCUUCACGAUAUUUUGCUUCCCCAAUAUGAGGCACCAGGAUGAUUUAAUGGCACUUCUCAUGUGGAUGGUGUUCACGUUUCACCUGGAUGACUUCGUUGAGAGCCAAACAACUAAGCUGCAGUAUUGGGUGCGUAAGUUUGUAAGAAUAUGGGAGCAAAAAAUAACGGCUGGCCACUCGUUUGGCACCGACUUUUUGGAUCCAUGCUUUAAUGACUUGCGCGCCCGAAUGAACAAGGUACUUUCGGAGAAAUUGGUUGUGAUGCACAAUUCAUGGUACAUGAAAUAUCUCAAUUUCCACCUUGAUACCGAUAAAGUUAAGAAUGGCGAUCAUAUUUUUACAUUCAAUGAGUACGAUGCGCUUAGAUUUGUCGACAUUGGCUUCAUCAUAAUGCAAGUGUUUCUGUACGGAGCGUCUAAGUUUGACCCUGAUGAUUAUCCCGAAAUUGUCACUGAUGACUCAUGGACCGAGUUCAACGUGUGGGCCACGAGACACUAUUACUACGUCAACAAUUUGUACUCGUACCUGGCUAUAAAUCACGGCAAACAAGUGCCACACAUGUGUCAGACUAUAAUGGAUUUGACGGCAGCCGUGGACUCCAUGAACGGAUCGAUCGGACGGAUAAUGUUUGUCAAAAUAGCCGCCAAUUCAGUGCUGAUCUCCGCCUGUCUGUGCACUCUAGCGGUGGUAGAGCUCGGCCUACAGAACCUCAUCGCAGUCACCAUGUAUGCCAUCCUAUCAAUACUGGACAUCUGGUCGGCCUGUCAUUCAUCUCAGAUGAUAAUCAACGCGAUGACAGCCCUCUGUAAACAGGCGGAGAAGUGCAUGUCUGUAGGGGACAGUCAACCCCAGGUUAUGGAUAGGGAUGUCGACCCCUAUUACCGACAGUUGCGGACUAUAGUGUCUAUGAGAAAGUAUAUGCGCUUUAAUGUGUGCGAGUUGUUUGAUUUGAAAGACAUGACUGUCCUUGUUGUUAUGAGUUAUUAUUAUGAUUGUUAA